AGUUGACAAUGGGAAAGGUAUUGAUGUUCUUUAAAUAAAUUAUUGCUUUUAAAUAAUCUCCCGGUAUUUCGUGGUGAUGAACUAUUCCUUAAAGAAAUAAAAAAUUUUGCCUCUCCCGGUGGACCGCGUAAUGCCUGGGGAACACACCCACCUAGCAACCCCGAGCCAGCUCAAGUAUGGCACUGCGCCUUUAAUUCCCGGGUGGGGGAGGGGGGCGGUGGGUAAUUUCCGCUCCCCCACUCCCUCCGCGGCCCUGGUGGCAGCUGUCACCUGUAAGGCGAGCACCGAGCACGGGGGAUGGAGCCUGGCGCCCAUUGGACACAAUACAAAGGCAGAAACCUACCCCAAAGGCUGGGGUCCCCGCGGGGCGGAGGCGGUGGGCGCACGAUGCGGCCCCCCGAACCUUCCACCGGGAGACACCCGGGCUCCACGGAGCGGGCGUGACCAAGGUCCAGCUUCAGGGACACACCCGUGCCGCCUCGGUGAAAACGAUCAGGUGAGCCUGGCCGAGGAGGACCCCGCUCCCGGAAUCCCCGCUUCAGCUCGUCCCAGCGGACGCGGAGACGUGCACCUGCCCCGGCAGCCGGGAACCGAGGGGGUAGGGGGUGUUGGGAAGGGGCGGCCUCGGCUCCCCUGCGGGGCUGGACUGACCAUGGCGCUAGCCGCUGCGGCCGCCGCCGCCGCCGCCGGGGUGAGCCAGGCGGCCGUGCUGGGCUUCCUGCAGGAGCACGGCGGCAAGGUGCGCAACUCGGAUCUGCUGAGCCGCUUCAAACCCCUGCUGGAUGCGGGCGACCCGCGCGGCCGCGCCGCCCGCAGGGACCGCUUCAAGCAAUUCGUCAACGACGUGGCGGUGGUGAAGGAGCUCGACGGCGUCAAGUUCGUGGUGCUGAAGAAGAAGCUGCGGCCCAGGCAGGCACCAGAGCCCCUGCCCUCGUGCGUCCCCGGCACUCCCGAGGCACCGGCCCUGCCGUCGAAGAUCACUUCCGUCUCACAGGUGGAACCGGCUGGCCCGGGGGCUCCAUCUCUGGCCGCGGCGUCGCAGGCGGAGCCACGUGAGGAUCCGGCCCCGCCAUUAGAGCCACAGGACACGCCCGAGGCUCCGGCCUCUGAGCCCACUCAGCCGACCGGGGAGCCGUUGUUAGGUCCAGCCCAGCAAUCAGGGGGGCUCUCCGACCCCCAGAUUCCAGCCUUUGAGCUAGCCCUACCCCCCGAGGAACUCUCUGCAGACGUGGCCCCGCCGUCUAGGUCGCCGUCGGUGGAGGCCUUGCCCCACGCAGAGGCGCCAGCCCCGGAACCCGGGAGUGGGGCGACGAAAGAAGCGCCCCCACCCCCUCUGCACGCGCCGCCGCCGAAGCCCUGCAUGCUACCUGUGCGCUGCGUCCCGGGCCCCGCCGCGCUCCGGAUCCGGGCGGAGGAGCAGGGCCUGCGCCGGCAGCUGUCGGAAGAGCCGAGCCCACGGAGCUCCCCGCUGCUGCUGCGGCGGCUGUCGGUGGAAGAGUCUGGCCUGGGCCUCAGCCUGGGCCCGGGCCGCUCCCCGCACCUGAGGCGCCUGUCGCGCGCAGGCCCGCGCCUGCUGAGUCCGGACACGGAGGAAGUGCCCGCUGCGCCGCCGCCGUCCGCCGUGCCCCUGGAGCCGACCGAGCACGAGUGGCUAGUGCGGGCGGCUGGGGGCUGCUGGACCCACCAACUGCACGGGCUGCUGCUGCGCGACAGCGGCCUGGCGGCCAAGCGCGACUUCAUAUCUGGCUUCACGGCCCUGCAUUGGGCCGCCAAGAGCGGCAACCGCGAGAUGGCGCUGCAGCUGGUGGAGGUCGCGCGGCGCGGGGGCGCGCCAGUGGACGUGAACGCACGCUCGCAUGGCGGCUACACGCCAUUGCACCUGGCCGCCCUGCACGGCCACGAGGACGCCGCCGUGCUGCUGGUGGUGCGCCUGGGUGCGCAGGUGCACGUGCGCGACCACAGCGGCCGGCGUGCUUACCAGUAUCUGCCGCCCAGCGCCUCGUAUGCGCUUCGCCGCCUGCUCGGCGACCCCUGCCUUCGAGGCGCAACCGAGGCCGACGCCACCGGUGCUGGUGGUGGCACUUUUGCGGCCCGGCGCCCAGUGCAAGUGGCCGCCACCAUCCUCAGUUCCACCACCAGCGCGUUUCUGGGUGUCCUGGCCGAUGACCUGAUGCUCCAAGACCUGGCUCGCGGCAUGAGGAAGUCGGGCUCCUUCAGCAAGUUUUUGGGUGCCUCGCCCAUGGCUCCCCGUAAAAAGACUAAGACUCGCAGUGGCCUGCCGGCUUUUUCAGAAAUCUCUCGUCGACCAACUCCGGGGCCCUUGGCUGGUUUAGUGCCCAGCCUGCCCCCCACAACCUGACGAUCCCUGAAGCUCAGCUUGGUUGAUGUCACCUGGCCUGCCCCUCACAGUCUAAGCCUGCCCAGAACAGCGGCUCAACACCUGUGGCUUCAUCCUGUUAUCAGUUUGUCCACUGAAACCUGUUUAACCCCGGUGGGCCUACGCCUCUAGCUUCUGCCUGAAGCUUGACCUGUCUCUGGAGAUGGGAGUCAAGAUCUCAGUGAGAAACCUUCUAUAAAGAGCUCCAGAAAUCAGGCUUGAACAUUGGAGACUCAAAUUUUAGGAUCAAAGUUGAGGGCCCUUAAUGAGUUAACCCGAUGCCUCUGCAGCUACACCCUCCCAAGCCAGAACUAGAGUGAGCAUCUCUUUAAAUGUUGUGUACUGCUGGAUUGUUUGUCAGCUUUAAGAUACCUAGUGGUUUUGUAAUCUGAUGCUUUUAUCCUGUUUUUAAAUUAAAAUGAGGUAAAACAACUUUCAUAAUAACCUUUUGAAAUUAUAUUUUUCCAUUUUUAGGCAAAACGCUCAUUUUCAAUCUUUUGCUAAGUAUUUUGGAAUUCUAUUUAAAAAAAAACCCAGAUGAUCAGUAUCUAAAGGAAAUUAGUCCCAACCAACAAAACCCUUAAACGUUUAUCUACCUCAUUUUAGGCGCUCAAGAUUCUAGAGAGACUCGAGCACAGAAUGUGACCAUUGUGAAUGUAAUUAAUUUCAGUUGUACUGUGAAUGCUCAAUAUUAGGAAACAAGUGCAUCUUGGGAGUGAGAAUGAUUUAACAGUGAGAGGAAAGAGACAUUUUAGCAAAUACUUUUGAUUUCUGGUUGUCUUUAUGAAAUAUAAACAGUGUCUUCAGCACUGGUGGGUGAUUAUUUUGAUUUGGCAUGAAUAUUAGUUUUUUAAGUGUGAUUUAUCUGUGAAUGCAUUAUAGGAGAAAAAUAACUGGUUAAGUGGAUACACUUAAACAGCAACUAUUUUAUAUGAAAAUUCUAUAGAAACAAAAAGUAUGUUAUACCCACCUUUAAAAGCCAUCUGAAAGCAAACAAAUUAUUCCAAAAUAGCAAAUGCAGAAUUCUUUGCUCAGUGAUGUUAGAGGGAUGGCUAACUUCUCUGGACCUUUGUUCCCAUCUGUAAUUGAGAAGGUUUGUAGCUAUUUACCAAGAGGUCCCAGGUUCAACACAUUGUAAGUAUAAUGGCUCUUUUUCUGUUUUAUAGAUGGGGACUCUAUUUGCUUAACCAGCGUUUUUAAAAUAUUGUGGCAAUGCUUUGCUUUUGCAAAUUAUGUUUGCAUGUCAUUAGUUAUAUCAAAUAGUUUUUGUGGCACAGGGGAGUGUGGGUUCUCCCCUCUCUCUAUAUAUAUAUAUCAGUGAGGCCUCCAACAUUAUUUAAGGCCGUCCUUAAUGGAAUGUUUUGAUUUAAGCAAUGAAAUAAACAAGUCUUCCAUUUUGUUCCUGCUUGUGUAAUAAUGUACUUCCCUUAAACAUUCUCCAGCUUUUGCUAUUCUAUUUUUCUUUUCUUUUUAUCUACUUAAUUUCUUCAGUUUCUCCUCAUCCUCUUCUGCCUCUUCCAGGCGUUUUAUUAUUGAAAGUGUUUGGAUUGAUCAGCUAAAUGCAGGCUGCAUCCACACACGAAUAUAGCAUCCAAAAAAUAACAACAGAUGAAUGCAGGCCCUGAUCUGACCCUUCCCACCUUCCUUGCCUGGAACUCUAGCUAAGCUGCAUAAAUUAUUUAAAAAUGCAAAUUAAAUCUGCCUCUGCAGGAAAAUUGUGGGAGGCAAUAAUUACAGCAAUCUCAGCUGCUGAGGGUCUAGAACACAGAAAAAAAUGUCAGAGGUUUUCCAUGGUAAAAGAGAGGCUUGACGGAAACAGGACAACAAAGGUCACAAACACAGGUAUGACCUGCCCUGAGAAAGACAAAAUCUAAACCCGCAAAGUAGUAAUAACAUUAACCAAUGUCUAUUACACACUUAAAUCAGAGGAGGGUUACUUAAACUGCCAGAAGAACCUUUGUGUUUCAGAAGGGCCAGCUGCAAGCCUUCCAAGUGAAAUAAAACAUUUGGCAAGAGUCUAGGAGCAAUAAGCCAAAAACUUAGGUGUUAGAAACCACUGUUUUUUCCUUGCAGGUCAAGACUUUCUGAAACUAUAAGUCAGUAGGAAAUUAUACUUUGAUAUGCAUG